AUGGUAGAUUCCAACAUCAUGAAGACGGAAACAUUGAGCACCAAGUGUAGAGUGAAUCACUGCUCUCAAUGUCCAGAGGAUACAGAAUUCUACUGCGAGACCUGUAAACACAGCCUUUUUCUAAACUGUAAAGAGAUCCAUGUUAUGAGUCUAGAUACACUGCACCAUGAUGUUGUAAUAAAACAAGAAACCUGUAUAAGACAUCCAAAAAGGAUCUAUGAACAGUACUGUAAGUCCUGUGAACUUCCAGUUUGUUCCCAAUGUGAAAAUCACAAACAACACAAAAUAUUGGAUAUCAAGGAGGCGUAUGAAACAAACCGACAACAACACAAAGAAAUCAUUCGCAACAUCAGAAGCGAGCUUCUCUAUAUUAGUUGUUUUCUUCAAGCAAAAAUCCACUCUGAUAAGAAAAAAUUGUGUAAAGAAAUUUACGAUCAUUUGACAUUGAUGUCAACAAAAGCUCAGAGAAUUAAAAAUCUUAUUGAUGAUGUGAUAUGUGAUGUUACAAUCAGGUACAGUUGUAAAAUGAUUUAUAGAUUACUGAAACAAAGAACGAAAAUAAAAAGACAUCUUACGAUCCUUGAGAUCUUUGACCAGAAAACGGAACAACAUACCAAGAGAUCAUUAGAAUGUCUAUCAUUUAUGAAGAAUAUUUCUAGAAAUAAGAUGAUGGCCACUUGUUUCCUUACAAAGCAAGCCUUUCCUUCCUUAAAUACAAAAGUCAACAUAGAGGACUUGACUGAAGGAUUAGGAGAAAUUCGAAUUAUAGAUCAAACAGGAAAGAGAAAAAUUGAAAAUAAAUGUCUUCUUAAACUUAUGCCUACACCUGUGUUACAGAAGACUGUGGCGGUGAGAGGUAUUAGUUCGGUAAAUCACAUUUCCACCCUGACAUCAGAGCGUGCCUGGGUUUCGGAGCAGGCCUGGAACACGGAGCGGAUCUGGGUCAGUGAUGAUGACGAUAUCUAUUCGACAAACACAGCUGGAGAUGUUAUGUGUCACGUGACGGAUGUGCUCAAAGAAAGUUGGUGGGGAAUCCAUUCUGUGACUAGUGACGGUGAACUUAUUUACAUAGACAAGGAAGGCAACAUUGACUCUCUGCAGACUAUAACGUAA